GCUGUGAGUCUGACCUGACAGCACCGGUGGAGGCGGUGCAUGUGCAGUGGUGUAUCUGUGCUGCUGCUGUGCUCAUGGCUCAGAGGAGGACUGCUGGUGGCUGUUGCUGCCCCAGGGCGCCCAUGAAUGAAGACAAUGCCCGUUUCUGCCUGCUGGCUGGGCUCAUCCUGCUCUACUUGUUGUGCGGGGCAGCCAUCUUCUCAGCCCUGGAAUACCCCUUUGAGGUGCGUGCCCGUCGCCUCUGGAAACAACAGCUGGACAACUUCACCCAGAGAUACAGGGUCAACUUGGGUGCCCUGCACACUCUGCUGCGGCAGUACGAGGAGGCAAACGGAGCCGGGAUCAGAGUGGAUGCGCUGAGGCCCCGCUGGGACUUUUCUGGAGCUUUCUACUUUGUGGGCACGGUGGUCUCCACUAUUGGCUUUGGCAUGACCACACCAGCAACCAUAGCUGGAAAAAUAUUCUUAAUCUUUUAUGGUCUCAUUGGUUGCGCUGCCACUAUCCUCUUCUUUAACCUCUUCCUUGAGAGGAUCAUCACAAUGUUGGCUUACACCAUGCGCUGGUGUCAUGAGCGUCGGCUAAGGUGUGCUGGAGUCGGGGUGGUGUCAAGCAGGGAGGAGUCGUCUGGUGAGGAGGACAGCUUGGAAGGCUGGAAACCAUCAGUCUAUUACGUGAUGCUGAUCUUGGGAGUGGCAUCGGUUGUGAUUGCAUGCAGUGCAUCCACUCUGUACAGCUCCAUGGAGAACUGGAGCUACGUGGAUUCCCUCUACUUCUGUUUUGUGGCCUUCAGCACCAUCGGCUUCGGGGACCUGGUGAGCAGUCAGAGACAGCAGUAUGAAUCUCAGGAGGCCUACCGGCUUGGGAACUGCCUUUUCAUCUUAAUGGGAGUGUGCUGUAUCUACUCACUCUUCAAUGUCAUUUCUAUUAUCAUCAAGCAAACUCUCACUUGGAUUGUGGGUAAGCUGGUCUGUUCGGGGCGCCAUCAGCCCUGCUCCUGCUGUAGACCUGGCUGUCAGUGGCUCUGCUGCCCCUGCCUCAAGAAAAAACAUCCCAACCGCCUGCGUCCGCCUGCACACCUCAGACAAAAACGCUCAAAACGCAACACUGUGCAGCCCAUCUCAUCCCACUGCCCUGCGGGAAAACACCGCUACAGGGAUGGCUCGGUGGAGACAGUUUGUGACAGUGAGACGGAUGCAGGUGCAGUGGCUGAUGGAGUUUAUGUGGGCCGUCGUCUGUCAGGAGAGAUGAUCUCUGUCAAUGAAUUCAUGGUGUCCAAUAAGGUGUCUCUGGCACUGCUGCAGAAGCAACUGAGUGAAACAGCUCAUCAGGGCCCACGGCAGAGCUACAGCCAUCAGAAUGGAUUCUCUGGUGGUGUUGGGGCCUUGGCCAUUAUGAAUAAUCGCCUACAGGAAACCAGUGUUGAUAGGUAGCAUCACUGAGAUG